AUGAUUACUGAGAUUUACGAAAACUACCUCAGGAAGAACUCGGGAAUUUGCUUCAUCCUGCUGGGAAAUCUUUUCAACUCUUUUAUGGUGUUCUUCUGCAAGCUAUUGUUGCUGGAUAAGGACUUUGACCCCCCGAUCCAUCCAUUACAUAUUCUAGCAAUUCGGAUGUUCAUCACAUACAUAUGCUGCUCAUAUUUUUUAUGGAGAGACCCAAAUUACCCAUUUGGUCCUAACGGCUAUCGGAUCUACAUGAUCUUACGAGGUCUUGGCGGAUUCGUUGGAGUAGCGGGUCAAUACUUUGCGCUAAUGUAUUUAUCCGCCUCUGACAUGGUGGCCAUGAGCUUUUUGGCACCGACAGUGACGUCGUGGAUGGCAUACGUCUUCCUGGGCGAACGGUAUACUCGGUUGGAAGCAAUAUGUGGUGUAACGGCUUUUUUUGGAGUCAUUCUAGUUGCCCGACCCUCUUUCAUAUUUCACGGGCAGGAAACUACUGAUGAAGAUGUUUCUGACAGCUCUGAGAUAAUUGAGUCAAGCUCUGCCACUUUAAGACUCGUCGGAACGGGCGCAAUUCUUUUGUCCUGUUUGGGGACCGGUAUCUCAAUGUGCUCCAUCCGGAAAAUCGGAUUCCAUGCGCAUCCUCUUCUUACGGUCUCCUUUUUCGCUCUUAUAACCUUCAUUUUAUCAUCUGCUGGAGCCAUAAUAUUUCAGCUACGAUUGGAAAUCCCUCAUACCCUGAAACAAUGGCUUCUUCUUUCAAUAGUUGGCAUAGCAGGCUUUGUUAUGCAGUACCUCUCAACGAUGGGUAUGCAGCGUGAGAAGGCCGCUAGAGCUAUGUCUAUGUCAUAUACGCAGUUGCUUUAUACAACUGUUCUAGAGUACCUUCUCUUCAACCAUCUUCCAAGUCCGUUGACUAUUCUCGGGUCAACAAUCAUCAUUGGAUCAGUGAUGAUCGUCAUUCUGUAUAACUCAGAGGAAGAUGAAGACGAAAAUUUUGACACUGAGUUAUCAUUAUACGAAGACACGAAUUCGAUAAACUCCUGCGACUCCGAUAAAUAG